AUCCCGGAGCUGCAAAAGAGCACGGUCCGGAUUCGGGAGCCGGAGCGCGUCAGAGAAAUCAUCUCCUCCCUCCGCGAAGGGGGUACCGCCAAGUUACAGAUCAUCACGGACUUCGACAUGACCUUGACUCGAUUCACCAGCAACGGGAAAAGGAACCCGACCUGCCACCUUAUUAUUGACAACAAAAAGUUGAUCUCCGAGGACUGCAGCGAGAAGCUGAAGGACUUGGUCAACAUUUACUACCCGAUUGAGAUCGACCCCUCCCGCAGCAUCGAGGAGAAGCUCCCGUUGAUGGUCCAGUGGUGGACCACCACACACAACAUGCUGGUGGAACAGAAGAUCAGGAAGGAGAAGCUACGGGAGAUCGUGCGGGAAUCAGGAGUAGAGCUGAGGGAAGGGUACGAGAUCUUCUUCGAACGACUCUACAAACGCAGAGUCCCCGUCUUCAUCUUCUCCGCUGGCCUGGGCGACAUCCUGGAGGAAAUAAUUCGGCAGGCUGACGUCUACUACGAGAACGUCACCGUUGUUUCUAAUUUCAUGGACUUCGAUGAGAGUGUGAGUGCGAGAUGGUCCAGAACAGGCCACCAGAAGGACCACAGUCGGUGAGGUCUCCUGGUGGCCACUCAUCCUUAACCAU